AUGUUUUACUUCAUUUGGAAAAUGUUUCUUUGCCUUCUGGUUUUGGGAAUGAUUAAAGGAGUUCUUCAAAUAGUUGCAGCUGCAGAAGGACAACAGGCUCAAGUUGGUUCACCAACACCUCAGCUCAGUGGCUGGCAGUUGGCAACCCCUCCUCUGGCUCCUGAGUUGAUAAAACUUGACAGCAUUGUGGAGGCUGAACGGGUCAGCAAGCAUUUGCUGAUACGAAGGAAGCGGUCCAUUCUGUUUCCCAGUGGAGUUAAGAUUUGCCCUGAUGAAUCUGUUGAGCAGGCUAUUGCCAACCAUCUGAAAUAUUUCAGGCUCAGAGUGUGUCAGGAAACGGUCUGGGAAGUGUUCAAGACAUUCUGGGAUAGGCUACCAGAGCGUGAAGAAUAUCAGACCUGGAUGAGCCUGUGUGAGGAUGGAACGAUGAGUACCUUUGAAAUGGGCACAAACUUCAGUCAGUCUGAGGAACACCGGAGUCUGAUUUUGAAGAAACUGUCCUAUAUAAAGGAAGCAAUGGGCAGCUCCUGCACUGAUUGGUCAUGUGGUGUUGGAUCUCCAACUCCAGCUUCAGAUGCUGAUGUUACCACGUUGAGAGAUGCAGCUGCCAAUGUUCCUCCCCCUCAUGAGGUUGCUGUUGAGAGUCCUGUGGGUGGUACUGUCCCUGAGAUUGAAGAUGAAGACACUACUAUCAAUAAUGAAAUAAAGAAGCAGAAUGAGAACCUAGUGACACCUGAAACUGAACAGAUGAUUGAGUUCAGCAUUUUGAUUGUUGGUGAAAUGUACAGUGAGGAUCUGAGAGACCCAGCUUCUGCAAAGAGUCAACUGCUCUCUGAACAAUUAAUUUCACAGAUUAAAAGUGUAUUUGAAGAACUACCUGGAUACAAAAGCAUCCGUGUCCUGGAUUUCAGCUCUCCUGAGGAUGACAGUGGGGUGCAAGUUCACUAUGCUGUUACGUUUGAUGGAAAAGCCAUCAGCAAUGCCACCUGGGACCUGAUUAACCUUCAUUCCAACAAGGUAGAGGACAACUCCUUUACAGGCGUAGAGGAUAAUCCAACCGCUGUGUACACCAUCAGUGAUUUCCGAGAUUAUAUUGCCGAAAUUCUCCAGAGAAAUGCCUUGCUUGGGAAUGCUUCCUUGGCUUUAGACCCCAGCUCUCUCCAACUUACUAAUGUGAAAGAAAUAAUACACCCUACACCAGAAGACCCAUCCUGGAUUACGGAGGAUCCAGUUGUGCUGGAGCACCCUGAGUUUGAUGACAGCACCUUUUUAGCUGAACGGCCUUCAGCAGAUGAAUCAACUGUCAGCAAUACCUUGCCCUUUGAUUUCACCAAACCAGAUUCCACUUCCGACAGUGGACAGUCCAAUGACAAUGAAAUCUGGCCAAGACCAGAAAAUCUGGACUCUGAGGCCAGUUUGGCACCUGAAGCUCCGCUCUACUCAGAGGCUGACAUCACUUCACUGCCUGAUGGGCUGAAUUUAGAGGAUGGGAAUCAGAGUCCUCAUUUGGUCACUGCACCAGUGCUAGGGCCUGAUUCUGUGGACUCUCUGGAAUGGCUUUCAGCCUCCAAUUCUUUGGAUGUGUUUGAAGAUACUGGACUAUCUGAAGAUCUUCUGUUGCCUUCAAGUCCUCCAUACCUUGUGCCUGAACAACCUCCACCUACAGAUGAUUAUACAGUUCCUCCACUUUCUGCACCAACAGUGGCCUCUUCAUCAGUCGUAAAGACUGUUAUUAAAGUAACAGUAUCUGCUGGGGAAGAAGUAGUAACUCGGGGAAGUCCUGCAGGCAGUAACAAUGCAGACUCUGUCUUGCAUGAGUCUGUGGAAGAAACUGGUUUUCCCUUAGAAGUGCAGCCAAUGGAAGAUGAAACUGAUAUAUAUCUUGGAGACAAAGUUAUAUAUGAUGAUGGGUCUGGUUCAGCUUCUGAUGGUUCGGGAAAAGAAAUGGAAUCAAGUAUUUGGCCUUGGGGAGAAGCAACACUGGAACCAGUUUUCUACCCUGGUCCUGAUAGCUGGCUUGAAGGUGACAAUGAGUCUUCGUUAAUCAAAACUGAGGAUAUUCCUGAAGGCAUGAAUUUAGAUUAUAUUCUUAAUUCUGGGAAUAAAUUAGAUUAUGAUCCUUCCAAAGAUGAGGAUGAAGGUAUGGCCAAUAUAAAAGAAAAUUUCCUUGAUGAGUCUGAAAUAUUUGUCUUUCCAGAGACUACAACUCAGCAGAUACCUCUGUUACAGACAGAAGAAUCAUCCAUGGAACCAUCUACACAGACAGAAACAUCGACCAUGUACAUUUCUUCUUUUGUUAAACCUACCUUCGUUUUGGAGCCUUCAGUGGACCAUUCCUUUGUCAACAUGCCAACUGGAGAGGCUCCUGUCUCACCACACAAUACGGGUUUGUCUGUGGAAGAAGGUAUUCUUCCAUCUGGAGGGACAGUCAAUACGGAGCAACCUGAAGGGUUCAGUGUAGGUCAGAACAUAAUUUCUGAAGCAGUUGAACAGCAAAAUGAAGACAGAACAAUGGUAGAAGAGCUGUUCACAGUGGGGCAGUCAGAUGUAACUGAAGCUGCUGCAAUAGGCCACUUGGACACAAGUUAUUCAGAAACCAUUCUGACUGCAGAUGCUUUCACAGUAAACCCAGAUACUUUCACAGUAAAUCCAGAUGCUUUCACAGAAAACCCCAAUGCUUUCACAGAAAAACCCAAUGCUUUCACAGAAGAGCUGCAAACUUUAGAUUCAUUAGUGGCAGGUCAAGACACUACUGGAUCUGCAGUGAAGAAACCAGCUGAUGCUUGGCCUACUGAUAGAACACUAGAAAACUCAUUAGAUCAGACAGUGCAAUCAGCAACAUUGACUGCCACUCAAAUUUCAACUGUAGUUACUUCUGUAAUAGAUCAGACCACUGUUCUAGAGGGCUUCACUGUGCAGGAAGCUACAGACCAUGACACGCAUGUUUCCAUGACCUUCAGUACUGUUACAAACUCUUAUGUAAUGAGUGUAACAACACUACCUGUUGAGAUUCUGUCCCAUCUCCCUCCUGUGGGAUCUACAGCAUCAUCACCUGUGGCUACCUCAACAAAGCUGGGAGAUGAAACAACACGAGUCCCAGAUGUUUCAAUAGACCUGGAUCAUGUGAGCACUGUCCAAUUUUCUCCUGAGCUAACUGAAGAGGGAAGGAGAAUGACUGAAGGUCACGUGGAGCUAACAACGCAUGUCCAGUCCACACAGAUGGCAGGCGUGGCUUGGGCCACACAUGAAAAUCAUGAUAGCACUACUGUCCCAUCACGAGCUCUAGUUGUGUUUUUUAGUCUUCGUGUUACCAACAUGAUGUUUUCAGAGGACCUGUUUAAUAAAAACUCCCCUGAAUACAAAGCAUUGGAGCAGCGAUUCUUGGAACUGCUGGUGCCCUACCUUCAGUCUAAUCUGACAGGCUUCCAGAACCUAGAAAUCCUGAACUUCAGAAACGGCAGCAUCGUGGUGAAUAGUCGAAUGAAAUUUGCCAAACCUGUGCCUCGGAAUGUCACUAAUGCUGUGUACAUGAUCCUGGAAGACUUCUGCAAUACUGCCUAUCACACCAUGAACCUGGCCAUUGAUAAAUAUUCCCUGGAUGUGGAAUCAGGGGAGCAAGCAGAUCCCUGCAAAUUCCAGGCCUGCAACGAGUUCUCUGAAUGCUUAGUAAAUCGCUGGAGUGGGGAAGCUGAGUGUGUCUGCAAUCCUGGCUACCUAAGCAUUGACGGGCUGCCCUGCAACAGCAUUUGUGACCUGCAGCCAAACUUUUGCCUCAACGACGGGAAGUGCGACAUAAGCCCAGGGCAAGGGGCCAUCUGUAGAUGUCGUGUGGGAGAGAACUGGUGGUACAGAGGAGAGCACUGUGAAGAAUACGUGUCGGAGCCACUGGUCGUGGGUAUUGCAAUUGCUUCUGUGGCAGGGUUCCUUCUUGUGGCAUCUGCUGUCGUCUUCUUCUUGGCCAGGACCCUUCGAGACCAGUACACGAAGAGUGACACAGAGGAAUCACAGGGGCAGGGUGACAGCCUCUCGUCCAUUGAGAACGCAGUCAAAUACAACCCCAUGUACGAAAGUGAUACAACCGGCUACAGCCAUUAUUAUCGGAGGUACCCUCAGCUGACAUCCUACAGUUCCACCAGUGCAGAGACAUCCACAGACUACAGCAGUGAAGAGAUCAGGCACAUUUAUGAAAACAGUGAACUUACUAAGGAGGAGAUUCAGGACAGAAUCCGAAUUAUAGAGCUCUACGCUAAAGACCGUCAGUUUGCAGAGUUUGUUAGGCAGCACCAAAUGAAGCUGCUUUAAGAAGAAAAGAAAUCAACAGAAAGCAUGUGGGAGAUAAAAACUACCUUGUUGCCAUAGCAGUGGGCUCAGAUGUAACUGCAAAGUUACUUAAAGUCUUAACAUUGCGUGGAUGGAUACAGAUGUUUUCUAAAUGAAUGGCUAAAAUGUACAGAUGUCUGUUUAUCUCUAUUACUUCUGGCUUUUCUGUGUAAAGUGACAUUUUUAAGAGGUGAUCAGAAGUGCCAGAGGUUAUGAAAGUUCAUUUUUCUAUAGCUCUUAAACAGUCAGUGAAAGUUUGUAUACCAAGGCAAAAAAUUUUCUCAGCUAAGAGAAGAUACUUGCACAACCAAAAUACAAUGCACAUUAAAAAUCCCUGCCUGGCAUUUAUCCCCUCACUGGAGGCUACUAGCGAUUUCACAGGUAU